AUGGGGAAUCAAAAACGGUUUCAAAGGAACAAAUGGCUAAUUGGGAGAAGAAGAGACGUUUUUGAAGAGAGUCUUUACUGGGGAUUGAGCCGCCGGGCUUCAGAAGCCCGAGGUUUAUCAAUGUCAGUGUUGAUGGCCUCAAUCACAAGAAUCAAUAAGAUUGAUCCAGAGCAUCGCUAUGGAAACAACUUACAUCCAUAUUAUAAAGAGUGGCUUAAAAGCUCUACCAAUCAGGAUUUCUUAGUCUGGUUGAAUUUUGGAGAUGGCAAAGAGGUUGAUCUUGAAGAGUGCCCGAGAUCGAAGCUGGAUCAACAAUGCGUUAAAUAUUUGGGACCAAAAGAGAGAGAAUAUUACGAAUAUGUCAUUGUUGACGGAAAAAUAUUGCACAAUAUGACCGGAACACCUCUUCACCAUGGAUCACCACAUUUGAAAUACAUCUUUGUGGUAAGCACAGCUAAAAAGCUUUACGCAGGAGAGAAAGAGAAAGGAAUCUUCCAUCAUUCAAGCUUUCUUGCUGGAGGAGCUACAUUAACUGCAGGGAGACUCUUCGUAGAAGAUGGACUACUUAAGCGCAUCUCACCUUCCAGUGGACAUUAUAAGCCAACUGAGGAUAGUUUUGAACGAUUUUUAUCGAUUCUCAAGGAAAAUGGAGUCAACCUCGAUGAAGUCGAGAUCCGGAAGAAUAAUCUGAACAAUGGAGAAGUGGAGAGCAAUAUAUGUAAUAAUAGUGUGUGA